CUUGUCAAAAAUUGUUUUUGAUUGUUUUGUUAUGUCAUUUUCAAAAAUGUUACGAAUAUAAAAAGAAGCCUAUUUUUAUUACACUUUGUUGUAUACACUUUGUAUAUAGUUGCACAACGUAUUUAAUUGUAGGAGUGAAAAGAAUACUAAAUAGUGAGAGAAAUCACGAGAAUGGAUGAUUAUCGACAGUUCCAGAAAUUUAAUGUUAUAGACGAAGUAUAUAUCGAAGAUACAGUGAAUGCUUCAUUUAACAAAAUAUUUUCUUUCGAAAACAAUGGAGAUUGUUGCCUACCAAAUUCAAAUACAAUGUUCAAAGAAGACGCGUGGCACAUAAAAGAAUUAUACGACAUAAAAUCAAUUCUAAACGACACAAAAUCGAAAUUAAACAAUUAUCGUCUCAAUGAAUGGAGUGAGCACACGCGUAAGAGAAAUAAAGCAGGUUCCGUUAUUUAUUUCAUUGACAAAAGAAUCGAACCUGAAUUUGUCACCCAAGCUUGGUGUAAAUUCUACGAAAUUGUCUCACGUUUCCCCCUCGUACCAAAUAAUGCAAUUACAAACAAAUCCUUUACUUCCGUUCAUUUAUGCGAGGCACCAGGUGCUUUUAUCACGUCACUAAAUCAUUGGCUAAAAAGUCAUCAUCCUCUGAUUAAAUGGGAUUGGAUCGGAACCACUUUGAAUCCAUACUACGAGGGAAAUUCCAUCGAGCGAAUGAUAACUGACGAUAGAUUUAUAAUUCAUACACUCGAACAUUGGGAGUUUGGUCCCUAUAAUACGGGAAAUAUUGUCGAAGAAGAGAAUCGAGAGCAAAUAAUCGAGAAUUGUAGGAGGAAAGAUGUUUAUCUUGUGACUGCGGAUGGAAGUGUUGAUUGUUCAAAUGAUCCCGGCGAACAGGAGCAAAUAGUAACGCAACUUCAUCAUUGCGAGACAAUAACGGCUUUGAAUAUUUUAUCCGAGGGCGGUAGUUUUCUUUUGAAAAUGUUCACAAUUUUCGAGCAUACAACAGUGUCACUUCUUUAUUUAUUAUUCUGUUGUUUCGAAUCGAUUCACAUGUUUAAACCAGCGACAAGUAAAGAAGGAAAUUCAGAAGUCUACGUAAUAUGUUUAAAUUUCAAGAGUUUUCAAUUCAUGAAAAAUCGGGAAAUAUUUAAUAAAAAAUUCAAUGACAUUUCAACAAAAGCAAUGUUUUGUCGUGAGGAUAUUCCCGAUAAUUUCAUUCAAGAAAUCAUUAAAUGCGCCGAAUUCUUCAAAAAUCAUCAAUGUAAAGUUAUUCUCGAGAAUAUUGAAAGUUAUGACAAAAAUUUCAAGGAUGUUAUUUUAGAGAGAAUAAAAAGAACAAUUGCCGAACGAUACAUUGAUAUUUAUGAAUUGAAAAAAUUGCAUAAUAAAAAUUCGGAAAUUGUCGGCAGAACAAAAUUAAUGGCGUACAACAAUUUUUGUUGUGACGCAAGAAGUCCAUUGGAUUCGUACAAUGAGAGAAGAAGUAUAAGCGAUUUGGAACCAGUUUGUCGUUUAAAGGUCUUAUUAAAAUUACUCCAAAACAUCGAGACGUUGGAAAAAGAUUAUCGAUUCGAACGUGAAACUAAACAAUUCUAUAAAUUGUGGAUCAAUUUUGGAAAGCCGUAUCGUAGAAUUCAAAGUUCGAAAUUUGUGCCAACGAAAAUUUUAAAAACACUAAAUCAAAGUUUCGAGGUCAUGGAAAUAAUGAAUAUUUGCAGUGAUUUUACGACGGAAGAAAGUGUCAUUAAAUAUUUAGAUAGAAUGCGUUUCAAUGAGGAAUUAACGACUAUCAUAAAAUUCAAACACAUUAAUGAGGAGAAUAAUUAUCAAUUAAUAAAUGAUAUUUACGAAACAUUGGGGAAAAUUGCACAAGGAAAUAAUCUUGUUUUCAUUGGUUAUAGUUUAUUUUCACAAAUGAAUGUUGGCCUUCUAAAGCUAGUCUCACGUUUUUUCUACUCAAUGAAUUUUCAACCAGACAAUAAUCUCGGUUAUGUGAUAAUAUUCAAUAAUCUUCUCAGUGAAAAAAAUACAAUCUCAAGAAAUGGAAGGAAAAAUUUCGAUCAACUUCUUCAAGUUGCCAAAUUAGCGAAAUCCAAAGAGAAAAUUAUUUUAUCAGUUUUUUCAAUGUUGGAUUUGUACGAAACAGUUUGGAUGAAAAAUAUCACGUAUAUUAAUUUAUGGAAUAUUAAGUGCUUCGCGAAGAAUAUCAGAGAGAAAAUCGCCCAAGAAAAAUAAUUAGAAUCUUUUGUAAAAUAUUGUAAAAUAAUGACAAUUUAGAUAUCUAUUCGAAUUUAUCUAGUCUGACUGAUAUUUUUAUUACUUAAGAAGUAAAUAAAAGAAGAUUAAUUAUUUAUAA